GUGGAACCCAAAUUGGGGUUUCACGAGUAACCUAGCUAAUGAUGAUGCAGAGGAACCUAGCAACUAAUGAUGAAGAGGAUGGUGAAGAGGAUGUCGAGGAUGAGGAUGAUGAUGAGAAGGAGGAUAUAGACGAGGAGAAAGAAGAAGAUGAAGAAAUUAAAGUAGCUUAUCAAUUGUGGAGAGAAGCUUUUGCUAUGUACCCAUGGCCACUUGUUCUGCGAGUGAAAAGAUGCUGGGGCAGGAUUAGGAGCUGGUUGAGCAAUAAUUUUCCGGAGGCAGAGGCUACCCUCCGAGGAGGGGCGUCAGAAUCUGAUAUUGAACAAUUAGAGAACCUCUUAGAAGUGAAAUUGCCUCUUCCCACUAGGGUUCUCUAUUGCUUUCAUGACGGCCAAGAAUUGGCUGCCAAGAAGCUGUCUGGCAAUUCACACUUUUUAUUGGGAAUCAUGGGUGGCUACUGUUUUGACAACCAUUGGGUUAAUGUCUACUUGUUAUCUCUUAGGGAGGUGAUUGUCAAGACAAGGGCAGUCGCACAUCGUCUGGGUUUUCUAAGCAAGUAUAAGAAUAUUUUAACACUUGGGGAAAUGAUUCAGUGUGUGCCAAAUUCGCUUAUUCGGUCUGUGCAUGAUUCUAGUGGUGAUCAACAGCAAGAUGCUAUGUUGCUAUGGUUGGAAGAACACGGCCGUCGCUUAGAAAGUGGCAUUAUCAAAGUUCAUGAACAAGAGAAUAUCAAAAGUAUCAAUCUGUUUCCAGAGGUUCCUCCCUUAUGUUCUGUAGCAGUAACCAAUGGUGUUCAGAUUCGUGCCUCUGCCGUCCUUGUUCCAGAGUUUGUUAACUCUCUAGACGAUUUCGGGGGACACUUGCUCAUCCGUUCUAAUGGUGAUAUAAUAUCUAAUGUUGAUGCAAAGGCCAUGAUAGGAAAGUACCCUCUCUUGCGUCCGGGUGAGGGAGAAUUUGUUUAUGAAAGCUUCACACUUCUACCAGCUUCCUCAAUCUCAGGUUCUGCCGAAGGUUAUUUCAAAUUUGUCCCUGGCAGGUAAUCUGCUUGAUAUUUUACAUGUGUUGUUUAAGUGGUUAUAUUAGAUUUGAUGAUCUAGUCAAAGAUAAAGGGUAUGCUUGGUUUGGUAUGCUGUGACCUUUGUGUUACUUAGGUGGUUAAAACUCCAAUUUGGUCCCUUUACUUUGGCAAAAAGCUUCUUUUUAAUCUCUCUACCUAAAAAAGUCCUUUUUUGGUC